AUGAAAAGAACAAAGACAUUACCAAACUAUACCCCUGAAUACUCUGAUGAAUUGCUACAAUGUGUACAAGAGAUUUAUAAUAAUGAGUUCAAGACACAUUAUCCUCAGUUGAAGUUGGAGAAACUAAUAGAUCUGCUGGACCAUAGUUCCUUUUUAUUUGAAACAUAUACCAAGUCCUUAAGGGAUUCUCAUUUUGACGAUGCCCUGUCUGCUUUCAUUGUCGGAUCUUUUUAUAUGUAUUUCAUUAUACCGCAAUCCACUCAAUUUUUAACAAAGAACAGACAUUAUAGAAUGUACCAUGAAUUAAAGAAUCUAUAUGAAGAUGAAUUAAAUAUGACAAACGUUCUUUCCAUGGUAAAGACAGAAAUUACAAAGAUUUUAGAUAGUAAUUAUAAAUCACAGAAUGAGAGUUCUAAUAAUUUAUUUGUAGAUUCUAAGUUUAUUAGGCGUGAAAGAGCAUUUUCUGUACCAAAUGCUUCAAAUCCUUUCUCCUUAAUGAAUGAUACUUCGUUGGAUUCUCAAUUAGACAAUAGUAUGGACACAUUAAACACUUCUUCAACCACAGUUUUAAGUAAUAAGGGCACUUCAGCUGGCCCAUCAUUUUCAAACAAUAGUGUAACCCCUAAUCCAACUUUCCGUAUAACUCUAGCUAAAGAUGCGAAUAAUAUGUCCGCAAAUGGCAAUAAUAGCAAUAGUAAUAGCGGCAUCAACUCAAGCCUACAAUUACCAAGGUAUCAAUAUACCAAUGAAGUCCAUAGUGAUGUAGAAUAUUCAAUAGAAGACACAGACGAAUCUUCUCCUUUAUGGACUGCGCCACAAUUGGAUUCUAAAAAUCAAUUGAAAUUAGCACCUGACGCAGGAAACCCACAAAUAGUUGAUGACGCUUAUUCAAAUCAAUUACCAUCUGUAACAAGAGUAUUAUCAAAUAUAAGAAGAAAUCAACCAAAACAAAGCAAACUAUCUUUAAAUACCAAUACUAAUUCACCAAGAAGUAUUAUAUCCCAAACUCCAACUUCACCCACUUCCAGAAAUAUUCCUUAUACUAAUAGUCACAACAACAACACCAAUAGUAAUAAUAAUAGUAGUAGUACUUAUAUACAUUCUGCAUCGAGUUUUGAUUCGUCAAAUGAUAUCUUUAAAGAUGCCUUAGCUAAUAAUCUAAACUCUAAAAUCAACAACUCCCCAACUAACAUCUACAAUCAUGGUUUGACAAUAAACACUAAGGAUGUAGAAGAAGAUGAAGAGGAAGAUGAUUUUGCUGAAACAAACCCCUAUCAUUCUUCCUCUGUAAAAGAAUUCCCAAGAAAAAAAUCCCCAACUCCACUUAAAUCACCGGUAGAUAGAUCAGUUACUCAUAGAAAGGAUUCUUACCAUUCCGUUUAUAUGUUCAACGAUUCCAAUGAAGAUAAUAAUAAUCAUGGUUAUGAUGAAACAAGUGAAUAUAUUGAAUCCCUAGAACACAUUCAAAAACAAGAUGUUAUUACAUGCCCAGAAUUAUUUUCAUUAUUAUCAAACAAUGUUGAACGUGAAAAAGUUUUAUUGAUUGAUUUAAGAUUCCCUGAAAGAUUUGUCAAAAAUCAUAUCGUUGCUCCAAAUAUUUUGCAAUUAAACCCUAAAUUAUUAUGGGAUGAUACCACAAAUACACCUGUUUAUACAGCUGAGAAAUUAGAGCAAAUUAUUAACAACCCUCUUUUUUCUAAGAGAGAUACGUUUAAAUACGUAGUUUAUUAUUCAGAUAUGAAAACUUAUAUGAAUAUGACUUUUGAUUAUUUAUUUACCUUAUUUUAUUUACUGGUUACGUGCACAUCAAAACCUGUAAAAUCUUUACCAACAAGUUUAUUAGGUGGGUACGAAAAAUGGUACAAAGUUAUUAAUUCAUAUGUUAAUCAAUAUAGUAUAACAAUGAAUGAUUAUGUUUAUAGAAAGGAUGCCGGUGCCAGCGCAGGAAGACCAUUGAAUAAUAAUGAAAAGCCUAAAAUGGAAAUUUGGACACCACCUCAAUUACCAAUUAGAAUAAGGAAAAGAGCCCCACCACCACCACCAUCUUCUUUACCGAAACCAAAUAGCGGUAAAAUGCCUCCUCCGCUACCACCAAAGAUCAAUUUGCACGGUAAUCCUUCUCUUCCUCCAAUUCAUAGUCCCUUAGAAAAUCAAGUUCAUUCUCUUGAUACUCAUAAGCAGAAUGGGGCUAUACAUCGUCAUUUUUCAAUCCCUAUCUUAGAAAAAAGUGAAAAUGACUAUGUUUCCCUGUCAAUUACAGGUUUAAGAAAUUUGGGCAAUACAUGCUAUAUUAAUAGUAUGCUACAAUGUUUGUUUGCAACAACCGAAUUUCGAAAUAUUUUCUUAUCUCAUAAGUAUGAAAAAUAUAUGGAUCACGAUAUCCCCACUAAUCAGAGGUUAUCAAAAUCUUUCAAUAUGCUGUUUAAAAAAAUGUACAUGAAUGGGGGUUGCUCUGUUGUUCCUACAGGAUUUUUAAAGACUUGUAAUAUUUUAAGACCUGAUUUAAGAAUCCCAGAUGAUCAGCAAGAUACACAGGAAUUUCUAAUGUUAAUAUUGGACAGAUUACAUGACGAACUGUCCAAUCAGCAUGAAGUUAAAUUAGAUUAUCCAGACCUUGUAGAUUAUGAUGUAGAUGAUAUGGAGGUCCAGCCUGGGCAGUACAUUAAAUGGUAUAAUGAAUCAGUGAAAUCAAAUGGACUUUCUCCAAUAGAUCAUGUCUUCCAAGGCCAAACAGAAGAUGGCCUUGUCUGCCAAAGAUGCGGCUGUUCUUCAUUUACAUAUUCUACAUUUUACAUCCUUUCAUUAGCAAUUCCAAAGGCAUCUACAAAUGCAUUUGGGAAAAUUAAACGUGUAAAUUUAGAAGACUGUAUUAAGAUGUUCACCAAUGAUGAAAUUCUUUCCGAUGAGAAUGCUUGGGAUUGUCCAAGAUGUGGCUCUGCGGCACCAAAACAAGAGCCAAUUCAUAGACAUAGAGAAAAGAAGCACAUCCAUGAUAUUUCACCGCCUCCACGUAGUCCCUCAAGUCCCGAGCCAAGAAGUAAAAGAUUCUUUUUGUUAAACGCACCUAGAGAAGUUGUAAGAUCUUAUUCACCUUUAAGAAUUUUACCAGGUGGUCGACAUUCGUUUGAUAAGCCAAGAGAAUUAAAAGAGCAUUAUUCAAGGAGUGCUGAUGAAAAUUUGUCUGAUGAUAAAGAAAAUCAAAAUCAUACUACACCAAAUGGUCGUGCGGGACGUGUAAGACAUUAUUCCGGUAAAAUGGUUACAAUUAAGAGUGUAAAUUUUGUAAAGGCUCCUAGAAUUUUAGUUAUUCAUCUUUCUAGAUUUUAUUAUGAUUUAACCAAGAAAAAUAAUACAGUUAUUACAUACCCAUUGCAUUUGAAUAUCUCACUGAAAAAUGGAGAAGUUGCUAGAUAUAAGUUAUAUGGUUUAGUAAAUCAUACGGGUACUCUAGUGAGUGGGCAUUAUACAUCCUUAGUUAAUAAAGAUACAGAUCAUGAAUUAGGCAGCGAGAAGCAAAAAUGGUUUUAUUUUGAUGACGAAAUUGUUAAAGAGGAAAAAAACCACGGAGACAUUGAAGGAGGGGUAACCAGCAUUUCAAGUAGUCAUGUUUAUGUUCUAUUUUACCAACGAAUUAAAUAG